AUGAAGAAUUCAACUUUAUUUGAAGAUUUAUCGAACGAAGUUUUAUGUGAAAUCUUUGAUUAUUUAAAUGCAUUCGAUCUAUUCUUAGCAUUUACUUCUCUUAAUGAACGUAUUUCAACUAUUUUAAAAUAUAUUUAUCUUCAUAUAAUGGUCGAUUCGAUGUAUUAUCGCUAUCAAAUUGAAUUUCUGUCUCAUCAUCUGACAUUUCAUUCUCAUCAAGUUAUUUCGUUGGAUAUAUCUGAUAAAAUCUGUGAUCAAAUAGAUACUAUUGCCUACCUUUUUGACCAAUAUAACUUUCCUAAUCUUCGUUUCUGCACAUUUCGAUGUCAUGAUGAAUCAUCCAAACUGAAAAAUGUCAUCAAACGAUUAAAGAAACAAACUCACCUUGUAUCACUUCAUGUAUUUCAAUCCUGCGAUGCUAAAUAUGAUUACUUGAACAGAAAUCAUCCACAUCUAUUCAGUGAAAUUGUUUUGUUUAACAUACCAUUAUCACUUCGUUGCGCUACUCUUCGAUUUCACUAUGGUUGUUCUCAAUUAAUAACAACUACAAUUAUAAAUACAAAUCUUACUUAUCUGGAUUUAUUGUUCUACGGCAAAACUUUUGAUCAGAUAUUGUGUUAUUUUCUAAUUCCCAUACUUCGUAUACAAAAAUCAUUGCGACAAAUGAAUGUUAUAAUUAAACAUCCAAAUAUGUCACAACACAAUACCAAUUUCAAUAUUCCAAAUCAUCUAUCUAUAAACAAAAAUGAUUUACCUACAGUAGCAUCAUUAAAAAAAUUUGAUUUACAAAUCCUAACAAAGUUUGAUAUACAUUCACUUGAUGUUAUUCUUCAUUGUAUGCCUAAUCUUCAUGAAAUUAUUUUUACAUUUAUUACUAAAAUUCCUAAUAUACCAUUUAUUGAUAUUUUAUUUAAUGGAAAUAUUUGGCAACAAAUAUUGAUAAAUCAUGUUCCAUAUUUGAACAAAUUCAAUAUUCAUAUAUCUGUUCUUACAGAUAAAGGAUUAUUCGAUUUGCAGUCGAUUCUUGACUCAUUUCGAUGUUUUGUCACACAAUAUGAUGGUUGGCAUAUGGCUGUCACUCGAUUGCAACCCUUUGAAGAGCCCAUAAACUACGAAGAAAUUGUUUUGCACACAUUGAACUAUCAACAUCUCGUACCACGUCAUGAAUAUUAUGAAAUAACAAAUAUAUGUUGUAGCACAAUUGAAAUGAUAUCAACAUAUUCAUCAGAUACGAAUAAUCAUCGCUUUCAAUCUUACAUCAAUUCUAUAGAAUUUUUUAUGCCAAGAUGUAUGGAAGGACAACCUGUUCAAUCAUCUUCAAAUAUUCCAUUUCAAAAUGUUAAUUCGCUUCUAAUAUACUUCUUUGAAAAACCAUCAAUAAACUCUUCUGUAAAAAAUGUAUUUACAUUAAUUUAUAGAUAUUUUUACAGAAUUGAAUCACGUGAAUAUAUUGAUAAUCUUUCAUCUCUUAUUAAUUUAUCAAGCAUUGUUACUUUGGAAUUUAGAGACAGAAAUCAUUUAAGACAAUUACAUAUUGUACCGUAUAUUUUAUUACUCGAUUAUGACAUGCCAUUUAUCGAAGCUUUUCUUACUGGUUUUAAAAAACUACGUUUGAUGAUCGUAGAAUUUCUUAUUAAUGAUUUACCAGAUGUUCCGAUUUCACGAGACUAUGUCACAGAAAAGCGACGUCAAUCAUUUGGUUUAAAUAGAAAUGAUGAAUACAAAGUUAAUGUAUUACUUGGAGAUGAUGAUUUGCGUAUUUCGAUUCCAUAA